GCAAGUCAAAAGGUUCAUAGCAGUCUAGUCCAUCUGGUCGUGGGCUUGGUGGAUCCGGUGCUGUCAAUGAUGCGCUGUCCCUGUCCUUCUUUCUUUCUCUGUUUUGCUUUUGAAUUUUCUCGGGAAAACUUUCCACUGUUUGGUUGGUCGGAAAAUGGGAAAAGGUGGCGGAUUUCGAAGGUGGGUUAGGUGAAGAAAUAGACUUCGGAGAGCAGGGAGCAAAAUGGUUGGGGGAUGAAAGCCUGAAAUGCACAGUUCGUAUCCCCUCUUUCUCUCUCUCUCUCUGGGGUUUCCUUUUGGGAUGGAGAGUUUGGCUGAAAUGCAGUGUUUGGCUGGUCGGAAAAUGGAGGAAUCCGAGGCGGGUCAGGCGAAGACAGGAACUUUGGAGAAAACGGCAUGACGGUUAAGAAGUUGCUUGAAUUGUCUGUUCUGAAGGAAGGUAGAAGAAGAUUGAAAAGGUAAGUUGCUGCAGAAUCGGAUCUGUACUUGGCUUCAAGUUUGAAAAUACCUUUCAUCUGGAGCGGAGGAAAAUUUCCAUGUAUUAAACCUAUGAACUAUGAAAUUAGAUGGUGAACUGGCAUUCUACCAUUCAAACAUUGGCAAACCUGAAUCUCAAUCAUUUGAAUUUGAUGUCAAUGAUCCAUACUCUGCUGAAUGCAGAUCAGAAGAGCAGGAAGCCAAGGAAAAUGUGAAAAGAGUCUCAGUUGAUUUAGAGCCAAACGAGGGGAAUUUAGAUCCAUUGCCAAAUAAGAUGGAGGCAAAGGAUGCUUUAACUUCAUCAGAACUCGAUUCUCAGGAGAGCAUGGCUGGUCUUAAAAAUGAAAAUGAUGGAAAGGUCAAGGACUCUGAUGAUCCAUGUCCUGAUUGCCCUCAGGAUAUUGAACCAGUUGAGAGUUUGGAUCUCCCGGGAGUAGUAAAUUCAUCAAAAAAUCCGGCGGAUUUUUAUAUGGACAAAAGUGUUACUGAAUGCGAACCAGAAUUGGUGGUUGUUUAUAAAGAAAGCAGUGACAAUGUUAUCAAGGAUAUCUGUGUUGAUGAAGGAAUCCCAGCGGAGGAAAAGAUAUUGUUGGAGAAUAAAAAUGAAGAGGCUGCUUACAAAUUCUCGUCCUCAGAAGAUCACAAGAGUGAAAAAUUGUCAAAAGAAAAUCUUGCAGUCGAUGCACCUUUUCCAGUUUUCAUAGAUUUGCCUGCAAUAACAGAGGAAUCUGAUAAAUUUUCUACUAAUCCUUCCAAGCUUGAGGAUUUGAUGCUAAACGAUGAUGAUGAUGAAACCAGAAAAUUGGCUAAUGAUGUCGAUAAAGAGAUGUUAUUGGCUGGAUACAAAGUUUUACUGCAAGAUUUGGAUGAAGAACAGUCAAUGCCUUUGAUUGAAGAAGGAAACAAAGCUGAGCAAAACUAUUCACAGGUCUCUUGUGAGCCUGAAUUGCCCUCCAAGCCUAAGGAAUCUGAAGAUAAAGCUGAGGAAGCUGUCUCAAAGUCUUCUGCUAAAGCAGAAGAAGAAUCAAAUGGUAAUGUCAGCGAUGCUGGCACACCGGAGAAUUGCGGCGUCACUUCUCAGUUUGAUCCUCCUUUUGCUGCAGCCAGCACUAAAGAGGAAUCUGACAGAGUUGGUGAGCCAAAACACGACGGUGCUCGAAGUUCAUCAGAGUCUGUAGAUGUGAAGGGCGAGCCUAAACACAAUGAUGAUCGAAAUUCAUCAGAGUCUGGACGUCACAGCUUGGGCGAGACGAGUUUCUCAGCCGUCGGUCGGGUAUCGAGUCGGAUAACUUGCUUGGAUCCAGUGCCUUAUUCCGGCAGCAUCUCUCUUAGAUCAGAUAGCAGCACAACUAGCACGCGGUCCUUUGCCUUUCCAGUACUUCAAUCUGAAUGGAGUAGCAGUCCAGUUAGAAUGGCAAAAGCCGACCGGAGACACUGCCGGAAGAAGAGGGGUUGGAGGCAGGGCCUCCUAUGCUGUAGAUUCUGAAUGCUCUCUCUCUCUCUCUCUCUCUCUCUCUGUAUUUUUGGCCUUAUUUUUAAAUAGGUUUAGGUUGAUAAAAAUAUAUAUGAUUUAAAUUUUGCCUUAGCAUCACGAAAAUUAAUCUACCCGGCUGUUCUACAAUUUGCACUAGGUUUUAGGAUGAUGCCGAGUUAGUGUUCAUGCAAGCAAAUUCUUUGUUUUCUCUUGCUUGCUGUAUCUGAUCCUUAUCCCCUCACAUAUUCUAUACAUGUUGUGAUCAAUAUUAACUUCCAUUAGUAUUGAAAUAAAUCAUAAUAUACGUAUUUGUUUAUUUA